GGCUCUCGCGAGGCCCUUCGAAUGGCUACCUUGGCGAGGGGCAGAAAAGCCCCAGAGGAAGUCCUGUAGGGAACGCCUCCGGCCACUAGGCUGCUCCACAACCCCUACGGAAAGUCAAGAUGGCGCUGGCAGCCGCGGGGCGCGUUCUGCUGCAGGCAGGUUCCCGGCUCGGGCGCAGGGAAGUCGUGGAUGGCGCGCGACGCUUUGCAAACAAGCGGGUGGAGGUGGAGGCCGACGAGGCCGCAGGGAUUGCAGUGAUGAAGUUAAAAAAUCCUCCCGUAAACAGCCUCAGCCUGGAGUUUCUGACCGAGUUCCUCAUAAGCCUGGAGAAGCUAGAGAACAACAAGAACUUCCGUGGUGUCAUCCUUACUUCGGAACGCCCAGGUGUCUUCUCAGCCGGCCUGGACUUGAUGGAGAUGUAUGGGCGGAACCCAGCCCACUAUGCUGAGUACUGGAGGGCUGUGCAGGAGCUGUGGUUGAGGCUUUACCUGUCCAACAUGAUAUUGGUGUGUGCCAUCAAUGGCACCUCUCCUGCUGGAGGCUGCCUCAUGGCCCUCACCUGCGACCACAGGAUUAUGGCUGACAAUCCCAAGUACACCAUAGGACUGAAUGAGAGCCAGCUGGGAAUUGUUGCCCCCUUCUGGUUUAAAGACAAUUUCGUGAACACUGUCGGUUACCGAACUGCAGAGCAUGCCCUGCAACUGGGGCUGCUCUUCCCACCUGCAGAAGCCCUCAAGCUGGGUAUAGUAGAUGAGGUGGUACCCGAAGACCAGGUACACAGCAAGGCUCAAUCAGUGAUGGCCCAGUGGAUGGCCAUUCCAGACCACUCUCGACAGCUGACCAAGAACAUGAUGCGAAAGGCCAUGGCAGACAACCUGAUCAAGCAGCGGGAGGCUGACAUCCAGAAUUUCGUCAGCUUCAUUUCCAGAGACUCCAUCCAGAAGUCCCUGCACACGUACUUAGAAAAGCUCAAGCAAAAGAAAGGCUAAAGCAAGGCUGCGCUUGGGUGUUCACUCACAUGUGCCUUCCAGGGACCCACUGGCCCCAAGUGGGUUAUAAACAAGGUAUUUUUCCACUUUGA